GCGAGCUUGGAGACACUCAAUUGCCUUUCGCACGUUUCAGUUUUAAUUGGAUACAGCAAGACGACGCACGUUGGCGGGGCGGCUGGACGUUUGUGUAAAUAAAUUAUUUUUUUCGGUAUAUUUAUGUGCGUUUGCUUGCUUUCUUUAUUCACGGAUAUUCACACAACGCGCUGAUUUUGUGUAGAGUUUCAUUAAUGUACAAAGUGCGAAAACGGUUGAAAUCAAAACAAAUGAAGUAUAAAUAAUAUAAAAAAUAUCACCCACCUAACAAAAAAACAACAAAAUUGUGCCAGCACUUGAGUAAACAAAGGAAAAGAAGUUUUGUACAAAAGCAGCGCAAAUGAGUAGUCGUGAAAACCAAAACGCUUGUAAACAAAACGCUUAAAACUUGCGCAACACCUCACCUGUAAAGAGGGGGCGCGGGUGCUACCCAACACACAGCUUAUCGAAGUAAUUGCUAGCCGAAAAGGCGUCAUGGCUGAUAUAAUGCAUCUUGUAAGUUUUCAUCCGCCACAUGUGCAGCUAAGAACGCAAACGUUGAAAUUGAUGCCAUUCUUCAAUGCAGUUUUUGUUUACUUUGCCUUCGUACAAGAUCCACACGGCGAACUCUGGACAACAGUUCUAAAAUGUCUGCCGAUUGUGAUGUUAAUUUUGUAUGUUGUGGCCAAAGGAUUCGCCUUUACGUCCGCUUAUAAGUACUCUCAGCGCAUACUGCUCGGCUUAAUUUGCUCAUGCGCUGGCGAUGCGUUGCUCAAUAUUAAUCUCUUCCUGGAAGGCAUGGGCGCAUUUGCUAUCGGUCAUAUCUGGUACAUAUCAGCGUUUGGUUGGAAGCCUUUGAGACUGCCAAUCGGUGUGGCGUUGUACAUUUGCGGUGCUUUGGCUAUUUCGUUGGCUUUCACCCGUCUGGACGGUGUGCUUGCUAUUGGCGUUCCAAUUUAUACUGCCCUUUUAGCGACCACUUGUUGGCGUGCCCUUGCUCGCGCUCUCCAAAACUCCAGCUUCAUAAAUAACUUCUGUGCUGUGGGUACAGUACUGUUUCUCCUAUCCGAUUCGGUUAUUGGCAUUCAUAUGUUCUUGACACCAGUGCCGUAUUCAAGAAUCAUCAUUAUGUCCACGUAUUACACUGCUCAAUUCGCCAUUGCAUUCAGCACUGCCAACGACAGCCCAGGACCUUGGAGGCAUAUGGGGAAUAGCGAACCGGCGCAUAAAGGUCAACGCGUCAAAACAAAAGACUGAUCAGUUACCGAGCAAUUUACGCUCCAUUAAAAGUGUCGCUCAAGUUGCGAAGCAAUAACAUUGUCAUAAGUAAAACUGCGUUGCCUACGCCGAACAGUCACCACCAACAAAACAACAAAUACGAAACGAACUAACAUGCCCUAAAAACUUCCAUUGUACCUUUAAUGUCUGGAGAUUUUCGUGCGGAAAACGAGUUACUUUAGCAUAUACUAUAAACACAUACACACAUGCAUUUCGGAAGUACAUAUAAACAUGCAUUCAACUGUUUACUAUCGACAAGUAUUUAUACAUAGUAUACACAUACAUGUUAUAUACUUAUAUACAUAUGUAUUUACUUAUUUAAUCUUGUUAGUCUAGGUAUUAUAAAUGUGUCAAUUUAUUUAUAAAUAAUAGUUGGUUAAAUUAA